UUGUCCGUUUUGUCAAAACGUCAUAUUGCAAUCUAUUAUUGUUUUAAAUAAUUAUUAUUUGUUUUCUGCAUUUUUGCGUUAAUAAUAAACGCACAUAAUAAUAAAUUAAUUUAUUAUAAUUUGUUAAUGUGAAAAUUUAUCUAAAAUUGAAGUGAAUAGAGUAUAAAAAUAAUUUCUUUAACCUAACCUAAAAAAAAGGACAAAAAAAUUUUUUUUAAAAGAAAAUAUAAAGUGACACGCUAAUAAAAGUUUUUUUUUAAUUUUGUUGUAUACACAAUAUAUUUAUUUAGCGAAGGAACGAAACUAAAUUUGUGUUUUGUUUAUAAAAAAUUGAGAAUUUAAAAUACGAAUGAAAAAAUAAUAAGGAAAAACAGAAUAUCAAAAAUGUGAGAGAAUGUGAAUUACUGGAAAAGAUAUUUUUCAUAUACGGAUUUUUCUUUAAAAAAAACAUCUCAUUCGUUAAACUAAAAACAUAAAAAGAUGUCUUUUUCUGGCACUAAAAAUCGUACAACGAAAUAUAAAACGGAAAAUUCGUCAAAAAAAAGAAAGAAUCAAUUAGAUGAAAAUGAAGAAAACAUUCAGGAUCAAGAUUUUAAAUUCGUCGCUACCACUAUGCUAGAAUUGGAUCAUGAAGAAGAAGUUAUUACCGGGGAUCCUGAUGAUCCUGGUUUUUCCGAUUCGGAAAAUCCAUUGAAACUUGAAGAAAAUACAGAGGCCGUUCAAAUAAUAACAAUAGAAGAUGAUAAUAAUUCACUAUCUGAUAAUCUCGAACCAAUUCAAUUUCGCCUUAAUGAAUUUGUUAAUCAAAAUAAUUUUACAAAUCAAGUUUCAUUUAAUAUUCCUAAAAAGCAAUUUAUUAAAUGUCCUGCUUGCAAUGCUCUAUUUUUGACACGAUGUAAAUUAAAAAGUCAUUUAUUAACACAUGCAUUUGAAGAGAAUAAUGAUAAACAAUUAAUUUGUAAUUAUUGUAAUUUUUCAACAGACGAUUUAGAUGUAUUUAGUUCUCAUUUGAAAUGUCAUGAAAAUCAAUGUGAAGUUUGUAAUCAAUGUUUUAGUAAAAAAAAAGUAUUCGAAAGUCAUAUGUUAAUAGCAAAAAAUUCAUUUAGUGUAAAAAGAGAUCAUUUUAAAAAUUUAAUUUGCAUUUCUUGUAAUUUAUCAUUUGAUUUUGUACAUCAAUUACAAAAACAUUGGUUUAAACAUACUUGUUUUGAGAAUAAAACCUAUCAAUGUGAUUCUUGUUCAGCAUUAUUUGAUACAGUUGAACAACUUGAAAUUCAUGUUUGUUUACAAUGUCCAGUGUGUUUGAAAAUUUACUCUAGUUUUCCAACUUUACGAUCGCAUACACGUUUUGAAAAACAUUAUCUCUAUUGUAAAAUUUGUAAAUAUGAAUUUAGUCUUCGUGUCGAUCAUGAUAGGCAUUUGGAACUUCAUAAAAAAAAAUUUAAACAAUAUGACAAAUUAAUGUUAUGCAUGCAAGCAGAGGAUGAAUCAACAUUAAAAUGUGAAGUUUGUGGUAAAUUAUUACAAACAGAUACAAGUUUUGUUUCACAUGUCUACGAUGAACAUAAACUUAAUGUGACAAAUUAUAAACGACAUAAAAAAUUUACACAUUGCCUACAAGCUGAUGAUGGUUCAACAUUGCAAUGUGAAGUUUGUGGUAAAUUAGUAACGUCAGAAUUAAUUUUCGUUAAUCAUGUAUUUAAGGAGCACAAAAUUGAUGUAACAAAAGAAAAUAAUAGCGAUAGUAGUAAUUCGGAGGAAGAUCAAUCACGGCCUAAAGGAAUUACUAAAAUAAUGGAUGAUAUUACAUUUGAGGAAAUUAAAAUAGAAGAAGAAGAAGAAGAAGAGGAAGAAGAAGAACUCGAGGAAGUAAACGAAGAGGAAUUUGAAGAAGAAGAUGAGGAAGACGAAAUAUGAGCAAGCUUUAAGAAAAGCUGUAAACAAAUUAUUAUUAUUUUUUUUUUUUUUUGAAAA